UGGCGGCCUUCUGGCGAAAUUUUUGAAAUGGACCAAAAAUUGCGAGAAAAACCUCAGGCUUCUCAUUCUGAGUACAUCAUAUUUGUUAACAACAAAGAAAAACAUCGGAACCAUAGCGCAGGGCCGAUAUUUUGAGGCAAAAUGCGCGGAAGAGGCCGCCGUGGGCGUCCGAGAUCGUCCUCACCCGCCGUUGUGGUGGAUAGGAAAGCGACAACACGGGGACGGCUUUUAUCUGCCAGACGAUCGCGAGGUAGACCGUGCCGACAGUGGUCGCAGGUCGGAUCCGAUUUCAAUUCCCGGUCGAAUACCCCGAAUUCAACAUUUGGGUUUCAAGAUGGGGGCUUUCACAGCACACCACCCGUACAUCGUCAUCGGUCUAGAAGUAGAGGACCACGGAGAGGACUGUCAACGAGACGGUCUGAGAAGGGACGGCAUUUCAUCACCUCUUUCAAACACGUCAUCAAACCCUACGACGAUGAAGUGUAUCCGAACAGCGACAUCGAGGAUAAUUCUGACACGGACAGUUCUACGUCGCGCGAUGCCAUGCACUCGACCCCGGCGUUGUAUUCCGACUACAGCCUCGGCGACUCGGACCCCGAGAGCGAAGGCUCUGAGAACGGGUCCGUCUGCACGAUCAGCAGCACUGCGAGCAGCCAGCGGAAGAUCUCCUACCUGCCGCCGCGCUUCUGCCCCUGGGUGGACGUCGACGCGGCGGACAUCCCCGCGCUUGUGCUGCCGCCGUCGUCGGACGACCUGCUCAUCCCGAAGGAGCACGUACUCGACGCGAUCAGCGUGUACGAGACGCUGCGCCGCUUCCGCCGCAUCGUGCGCAUCUCGCCGUUCCGCUUCGAGGACUUCUGCGCGGCGAUGUGCAGCGACGAGGCGAACACGCUGCUCGCGGAGGUACACAUGCAGCUGCUGCGUGCGCUCUGGCGCGAGGAGGACGGCAGCAACACGACCUUCGGCCCGCCGGACCUCCGCGACAGCAUCAACGUCUCACUCUUCUUCCUCGACAGCGUCACGUGGCCGGAGCUGGUCAAACGCUACUUGGACAGUGACCCGGAGUUCCAGCCGGCGCUGCGGGGGGUCACUCGCGCCGACUACCCUUUUGUUUCCCUCGGCGAGCGUCUACGCGUGCUCAAAGCGCUGUGCGACCUGUUCCUUGCGUCGAACAGCGUUCGCGAGGAGCUGAUGAGCGAGGGCAACAUCAAGUACGACGACCACUGCCGCGCGUGCCACAAGCUCGGCGAUCUGCUCUGCUGCGAGACGUGCUCGGCCGUCUACCACCUCGCCUGCGUCGAUCCGCCGAUGGAGGAGGUGCCCGACGACGAGUGGCUGUGCAGCAUAUGCAUCGCGCAUCAGGUACCCGGCGUCACUGAUUGCUUAUCGGAAGCUGAGAGAAGUGGCAUGCUGGUCAGACACGACCCUCUCGGAUACGACCGAUACGGACGCAAGUACUGGGGAGUUGUCAGGCGCGUGGUCGUGGAGUCUGACGAUGACGUGUGGUACUACAGUACGCCGCGACAGCUCACAGAGCUACUGGAGGUACUCGACGGCAAAUACUACGAGGCGUACCUCGUGCGCCAGCUCGAAGACGUGCGCGACGACCUCGCGAAACAAAUGAGCAUCACCGAGGAGCUGACGAACGCGGCGCGCGGCGCGAAGACGACCGUGCUGCAGCUGGAGAGCGCACGUCUGGAGAAGGUUCAGACAGAGAGAGAGCUGAAGCGAGCGAAAGAGAGAGAAGAACUGGAGAAGCAGCGUCUUGAAGAUGAAGCCAAGCGACGGAAAGAAGAAGAGGAGGAGGCGCGGAAGAAGGAGAAGGAGCUGGAGGCGAUGAGGACGGUCCAGGAGGAGGAGAGCUGGGGGAAGGACAUGGAGGAGGUGGCUCAGCGGUUGAAGGAGGACGGGGAAGCGGAGGAGGAAGAAACAGAGCCGGUGGAGGAGGUGGAAGCGGUGGAGACACUGGAGGUGGUCUGCGAGGAGGAGGUUGUCUGCGAGGAGGAGGUUGUCUGCGAGGAGGAGGUGGUGGAAGCAACAGAGACAUUAACUGAGGUGUGCGAGGAACAGAUGGAGGAGGCAACUGCGCACGUAGAAGAGGAAGACGCAACAGUGGAGGAAGGAAGUGAAGAGGAGGUGCAAGCGACAGAACACACAGAGCCAGCCACAGAAAUCGCGGAGGAGGAUGCCGAGCCAUUGGAGGAGGUGUGCGAGGAGGAGGUGGUGGAAAUGGACAUCGAUAAUGACGUAGAGGAGGAGCAUGUAGUGGAGGACCACGAGAUGGAGGAAGUAGUCAUGGAGGAGGAGGUGCGAAUGACGCCGGAAUUCGAAUCAAAGGAAGAAGAAAGCCCGGUCGACGCCACGCAGGAGGAGAACGAGACGAAUAAUGUCAGCGAGGUGUCAGAGAUGAAGCUUGAUGCUGCUGCCAUCGAGGUGCGGAACAGCACCGAGACGACUCGCGAGACGACGAUGCACACGAGCACAAGCUCCGUCGUCGUGGCGACGGAGGCUGGCGACUCGGCGACCGUCGCCACGACGACCGUCGCCGCGACGACCGUCACCACGGUGAUGACGACGUCGACUGUCGUCGUCACCGACACCUCCGUCGUGACGGUCAACGGCGAUGCGACGCCGCCUGGCGACGCGACGCCACCCGGUGGCGACAAACAGCAGAGCAUCCGCGCGGAGGAUGAGGAGAAGCGGCGAAAUCUCUUCCUCAACAUCACGCAGGAGUUGAAUCGACCCGCCUCGCCCCGGAACGCCGAUCCCGAACAGCGCCCCCUAUCGAACCACCGGUCGGCUGAGGAGAGCGCGGACUCGAUAGGGGGCGCUGAUCCCGGCGGCGGCGGUGGCGCGCUGCCGGGAGUUGUCCAGGCGAAGGUCGGGACGGACGGGUCGCUUGCCGGGAAGAAGGUCAUCCUCAUCAGCAAGGAUGGAUCCCGGAUGACCUUCACGGUCGCCAAGGCCGAACAGCUUCAGCAGACGCUGCAGCAGAAGGCCCAGGUGGCGCCGGCGAAGACCGAGGAGGGCGCCACCGCUGCGGACGAAGGCGACGAGGGAAGCGAGGACGACAGCAAGUGCAAAGUGGGAGCGGCGUCGAGAGCGAUGCUGCGUGCGCAGCAGACUCCGAUCUCGCUGCGCUCCAAGACACGCCCGCCGGACGCGGAGCGUGGCGUUGCCGUGGCGACGACAGGGAGCAUCGCCGUGACGACGAGCAGCAGCCAUGCGAGGGAGACGGUCGUCGUGGUGAACAAGAACGGCGAGGCGACGCGCAUGACGCGCACGCGUGCCGUCGCCACCGUUGCCGCGACGACGUCGACGACGACGACGACAAACGUCUACUACUGCCUCGGUCAGGAAACGACGACAGGAACAACUUUCAAGAACUAUGUGAAUCAGUACAGCGUCAACCAGCUGGCGCUUAACAAACCGCAGCAUAACGAAGAGCGUGACAAGAAAAG